AGACACCCUGCCCAGCCCUUCGCCGGACCUGAGGCUGCAGCUCCCGAACCCACCCGCGACUCCCGCCCUGUCCCCCCCACACCCCCCACCACCCCGACCCAGAGGCCCAGGCCGUGCGGACCCGCGAGGGUCUGAGGGCGACGCUCGGGCCCUUUAGCCGCUAAAUAAAGAAGCAAGGCUGCGGGGGCCCAGGACAAAGGGUGUGACACUUAUUUUCUAACAAGAGCCAGAAGUGAGAAGGAAGAGAACCAACUGGAAAAAAUGAAGUUUCUUCUCUUCAUAUUUGUUGGUGUCGUUCACCUUUUAUCCUUGAACUCUGGGAAAGCUAUAUAUAAGAAUGAUAUCUGUCAGAGGACUUUUCAAGAAAUAAAAGAAGAAAUUGCCUGUUACGGAGAUGUUGCUAAAGCAAUCAUCAACCUUGCUGUUUAUGGUAAAGCCCAGAACAGAUCCUAUGAGCGAUUGGCACUUCUGGUUGAUACUGUUGGACCCAGACCAAGUGGCUCCAAGAGCCUAGAAAAAGCCAUCCAAAUCAUGCACCAAAACCUGCAGGAAGAUGGGCUGGAGAAUGUCCACCUGGAGCCUGUCAAAAUACCCCACUGGGAAAGGGGAGAAGAAUCUGCUGUGAUGCUGGAGCCGAGAAUUCACAAGAUGGCUAUUUUGGGCCUUGGCAGCAGCAUUGGGACACCCCCAGAAGGCAUUACAGCGGAAGUUCUGGUGGUGACCUCUUUCGAUGAACUGCAGAGAAGGGCCCCAGAAGCAAGAGGGAAGAUCGUCGUUUAUAAUCAACCUUAUACCAACUACUCGAGGACUGUGCAGUAUCGUGUCCAGGGGGCUGUGGAAGCUGCCAAAGUGGGGGCUUUGGCAUCCCUCAUUCGAUCAGUGGCUUCCUUCUCCAUCUACAGUCCUCACACAGGUAUUCAGGAAUACCAGGACGGUGUGCCAAAGAUCCCAACAGCGUGUAUUACAGUGGAAGAUGCAGAAAUGAUGUCAAGAAUGGCUUCUCGUGGGAGCAGAAUUGUCAUUCAGCUGAAGAUGGGGGCAAAGAACUACCCAGAUGCUGAUUCCUUCAACACUGUAGCCGAGAUCAUUGGUAGCAAGUACCCAGAGCAGGUUGUACUGGUCAGUGGACAUCUGGACAGCUGGGACGUUGGGCAGGGUGCCAUGGAUGAUGGAGGCGGGGCCUUUAUAUCCUGGGAAGCACUCUCGCUUAUUAAAGAUCUCGGGCUGCGUCCAAAGAGGACUCUGCGUUUGGUGCUUUGGACUGCAGAGGAGCAAGGGGGAAUUGGUGCCUUCCAGUAUUACCAGUUACACAAGGCAAACAUUUCCAACUACAGCCUUGUGAUGGAGUCUGACCUGGGAACCUUCUUACCCUCUGGGCUGCAAUUCACUGGCAGUGAAAAGGCCAGAGCCAUCAUGGAGGAGGUCAUGAGCCUUCUGCAGCCCAUCAAUAUCACACAGGUCUUCGGGGCCGGAGAAGGGACAGACAUUAACUUCUGGAUCGAAGCCGGAGUGCCUGGAGCCAGUCUGCUCGAUGACCUCUAUAAAUACUUCUCCUUCCAUCACUCCCACGGAGACACCAUGACUGUCAUGGAUCCAAAGCAGAUGAAUCUUGCUGCCGCUGUCUGGGCUGUCGUCUCUUACGUCGUUGCGGACUUGGAAGACAUGCUGCCCAGGUCUUAGUAGGAACAAGAGCGAAGGCCCCUUUGUCCUUUCUGACCAGGAAUCCUGGGCCUGCAGUUUCAGGAGCCCUCUCUUCACCUAACAACUUUAUCUGAUCAUUUACAAAGCAUAACACUGUUUCAUAUUUUUCUGAUAUCAUCUUUCUUGAUACUUUCCAAAUUCUCUGUUCCUAGUUUAAGGAGUGAUCUCCAUCCCCACAUAGAAUCAACAUACGGUUGGGAUCACAGUGGAGGUAUUUCUUUAUGCCACAUAUAAGAAUAUUGUUUCUACUUUGAGAGUAAACACUGGAUAAAUCUUUGGAAUCCCUCUGGCUUUUAUGCAUGUAUUUUGGAACAUUAAAUCAAAUACAGUAAUGCCAAUUUUUUUUGGUUUUAUGUUAUUCAUUGAAGGAGUAGAGGAAUACACAAUUGUAGUAUGGUUUUAAUUGAACAUAUGGAGGCAUCUGGCUUUCUAAUUUGUACAUUUUUAUAUUAUUAGAAUUUUUUUAAAUGAGAUAUGGAAUUUUAAUUAACAGAAAAAAGGGAUGACACCCUUUGGGGAAAAAAA